GAGAGCUGAAGUAAAAGUGGCUGUGGCAAUGGUGCAGCAUAAUGUGCCAUUUGCUGUCUCUGACCAUUUCAGCCCAUUAUUAAAGGAGUGCUUCAGAGAUUCCACCACAGCACAAAAUUUCAAAUGUGCCAGCACGAAAACAACGUGCAUAAUAAAUGAAGCAGUGGCACCUCAUUUUAAGAACAAAUUGGUCAUGAAGAUGAGGGACAAUCCAUUCACCUUGAUCACUGAUGGGUCAAAUGAUACAGGACAAGAGAAGAUGAACCCGCUCACUGUGCGAGUUUUUGACAGUGAUUCUGGAAAAGUUGUCCAUAGAUUUUUGGAUAUGUGCACAACAAGUGGGCGUAGCUGUGGCACAGCGGAAGUAAUCUUCCAAAAAAUGAACGAGGUCUUACAGAAACACGCCAUACCUUGGGGAAAUUGUGUUAGCUUAUCAAUUGACAACGCACCUGUGAAUACAGGAGCAAGAAAUUCCAUUGCAUCCAGGAUUCUGAAUGAAAAUGCCAACACAUACAUCCAUGGGUGCCCCUGCCACAUUAUCCACAAUACCGCCAAAGAAGCUGGACUGAGAUUUUUGGAAGUGACUGGAUUUGAUCCAGAGGAUCUGGCUGUGGAUGUUGGAUACUGGUUUAAGGGUAGCACCAACCGUAAGGGUUACCUGUCAGAAUUCUGUGAGUUCCAUGGAAGCGAGUACAUGGAAAUACUUCAACACAUUUCCAUUCGUUGGCUGAGCCUGGAGAGAUGUUUGACUCGCCUUCUGCAGCAGUAUGAGCCACUCACCAGCUACUUCAAGUCAUUAAGUAAGCUGCAUAUUUCACUGACAUAAAUGCAAGAUUACUACAAGACUGAAAUGAAAACAUAUUUGGUAUGCACAACCUAUACUUUUGUAUUUACAGAUGAGAAACAACCAAGGUUUAGAAGGCUGG